AUGGAGGAGUAUCACCGCCACUGCGAAGAGGUUGGUUUCAGUGCUGAUGAAGCACACAAUAUUGUUAAAGAGUGUAUAGAUGGGGUCUUGGGUGGUGAAGAUUAUAACCAGAACAACAUCAACCAGUGGACUGCAAGCAUAGUGGAACAGUCCUUGACACAUUUGGUUAAGUUGGGAAAAGCUUAUAAAUAUAUUGUGACCUGUGCAGUGGUUCAAAGGAGUGCCUAUGGCUUUCACACAGCCAGCUCGUGUUUUUGGGAUACUACAUCUGAUGGCACCUGUACCGUAAGAUGGGAGAACCGAACCAUGAACUUUUUUUUCAAUGUUUUCGCCAUUGCUAUUGUCCUGUGACAGACUAAAAAUGUUUGGCCAUUUUUUUUAACUUAAGAAUUUGUCAGUGUAUCCUUUCUAAAAAGAGUAGUAGUUACUUAUUUUUUUGUUAGAUGACAAGUGUGCAAUAUGCUUCAAAAGCUACCAAUGAAAACUGAACAUUAUAAGCAAGCAAUCUCAUAGUGAGUUGGCAGAUUAUCUCGUAUUCUCUCCAGCAUCUUUUUUUUAGGAAAAAUUUAUUGUUGGCAAA